AUGAGGACGACUACUAUUACGACUACUAAUACUAAUAUCAUGACAUUCAAGGAAUACUACGACGUUGACUACGACUACUACUAUUACUACGAUGACAACUACGGCUAUGACUACUACUACUACUACUACUACUAUUACUACUAUGACUUCUACAACUACAACUAUGAUGACGACGACUACUACUAUGAUUAUGACAAUGACUACUACUACUACUAUGAUGACGAUGACUAUGGCUACUACUACGAAGACAACGACUCCUACUACGAUGACAACGACUACGAUUACGAUGACAACGACUAUGACUACUACUACUACUACGAUGACUAUGAAUCCUACUACAACGACUAUGAAUCCUACUACAACGAUGACUACUACUACUACGAUGAUGACGACUACGAUUACUACUACUACGAUGAUGAUGACUACUACUACUACUACGACGAUGACUACAACUGCUACUACAAUGACGAUUACAACUACGACAAUGACUAUGACUUCUACUAUGAAGACGACUGCCACUACUACUACUACAAUGACAAUGACUACGAUGACGACUACUAG